CAAAGUGAAUAGAUGAAAUAAGUAAAUGGAAAGCUCUAUCACAUUCACGAAUUCGAUCAUUUAUUCGAAUCACCUUCCUUCUCUAUUUUUCUCCGCCGCCUUAGUCCUUCAUUCCCUCUUUUCAUGAAAUCGCACCUUAUUUUCUUAUUCCCAAACUUUGAAGAAACAUACAUAAGUUUGAUUUCAUGAACUAUUUCCCCCCUCAUCCCCAUCCUGUUAUAACAUCCCACUACAAAUCCGAACACCUGCCAUCACGAUGUUGUUACGACUUCGAGGUCCGGACGGCAUGAUCCGGCUUAACAUCGAGAAAGAUGACACAUUCGCCGAUCUUGGUCGUCUACUCGUACCACAAUUACCAUCGACCGUCGACCCGAACAGCAUAUCCAUGUCCCCGGAUCCCCAAGCCAGCGACUCCAAGAAGUUGACGGAUAUUGCGAGAUACAAGUUGGCGCAGAUUGGAUUGAACCAUGGAGACUUAAUCUUCAUUAACUACCAACACCAGAAUGCAGCCAACGGUCACACAAAUGGCGCAUCCACAGCAUCUACCACAUUAUCGUCGACGAAUAGACUAAAUGGAAAGCCCAUCUUACCGACGGAGGAUUUACCGGUCGAUCCACCUCCGCUAACGUCGUCUACGGCAGUUAUUAAGAAUCCUUGGGAGGUGGUGAGACAGUCAGCAUUGGAUGACCGGUUGGAUAGACAAGAUGGAAAGAUCCCUCGAGGUCGAGAUCGGAUGUGCAAGCAUGGUCCCAAAGGAAUGUGCGACUAUUGCAUGCCCCUCGACCCUUUCAACCUUCAAUACCUUGCCGACAAGAAAAUCAAAUACCUAUCAUUCCACUCCUACCUCAGAAAGAUCAACUCGGCCACGAACAAACCCGAACUUGGUAGUUCAUUCAUUCCUCCGCUAAAGGAGCCAUACUUUAGAGUGAAGAGAGAUUGUCCCUCGGGACACCCGCAGUGGCCCGAGGGUAUCUGCACAAAGUGCCAACCCAGCGCCAUUACCCUCCAACCACAGACGUUCCGUAUGGUCGACCACGUCGAGUUCGCGUCAUUUGAGCUCGUGAACUCCUUCAUCGACGCCUGGCGAAGAACCGGCGCACAACGGAUUGGAUAUCUCUACGGCCGUUAUGCGGAAUAUACCGAAGUGCCCCUUGGCGUUAAGGCGAUAGUAGAGGCCAUAUAUGAAGUGCCUCAAGUAGACGAAGUGGACGGGGUAUCGCUCAACCCCUGGGACAACGAGAGUAGCAUCAAUGAUGUUGCCAGAUUAUGUGGACUUGAACAAGUGGGGGUAAUAUUCACAGACUUACUGGACGCGGGCACCGGUGAUGGCAAGGUUAUCUGCAAGCGACAUGCCGAUUCAUACUUCCUCAGUUCGCUAGAGAUUUGUUUCGCAGCACGCUUGCAGGCGCAGCAUCCUAAGCCUACCAAGUGGAGUGAUACGGGAAGAUUCGGAUCAAACUUCGUCACAUGUAUCAUCUCGGGUGACGAAACAGGUCAGAUCGCUAUCUCAUCAUACCAGGUAUCCAACGAUACCGUAGAAAUGGUACGCGCCGACCUCGUCGAGCCGUCGGCCGACCCUAAUAUCAUGCUCGUGCGGGAAGAGGAAGAAGAUGACGGUUCGACAAGCCGAACGCGAUACAUUCCCGAGGUAUUCUACCGAAAGAUUAACGAGUACGGCGCCAACGUACAAGAGAACGCAAAGCCGUCCUUCCCCGCCGAGUAUCUUUUCGUAACAUUAACACACGGUUUCCCAGCACAACCGAAGCCCUUAUUCAACACACCCAACUUCCCGAUUGAGAAUCGUGAGAUCAUGGGAGAGAAUCAACAGUACAAGUCUGUUACCAAGGCUCUUGGUACCGGUAGUGGCACGGAGCUUGGAUCUCUCUCAGACUUUCACCUUCUUAAUUUCAUUCACGAGAUGGGUGUGCUAUCUAAGGAAGAGGAUGCGCUCUUGUGCCGGGCGGCGACAACGCAUGAUCUCGCGGACAUGUAUCAACUGCUUUCCACGCCCGGCUUUCUUUCGCUAAAAGCUAUUUUAGCAGAAACUGGUGAGACAACCCCCAAAAGAAAGCGGCCUCGAACAAGUGGCGAAGGGGGCGCGAGGCCCUCUUCGCACUCAUCCGUCGCCGCUUCCGCCAAAAGAUCCAGUGAACCGCUUACUAAGCGUCUUGCUGCCGUUAGGCUGAACGACCGAAACGCGUCUUCGCCAAUAUUCGACCGCGCUAAGCACGAGGAGAUGUGAUGCCAUACAAGUACAAUGGAUAGAAACAAGUGUGUACCUGCACCUACCUACUUACAGUUAGGUUCAUUCGGAGGGAAAGUAGACAAGGGACCAAUGAGCUACGGGUAGGGGUUAAGGGAAAGAAACCCUCGUCUCGUUGAUCGACGAUGAUUGCGAUAGUAAAUAGCUCUCAGGCGUUUAGGCCUAUUCUAGACGGCUUCCUUGUUCUCUCUCUGGCAUAUGGGGGGCGGAGGUACGCGUCGUCGUACAUAACGGAGUCUCAAUAUGAAGCUGAAAUGUCACUUCCCUCAUCAUGA